UCACAUUUCAAUUGCUUUCCAUCUUCCAUCCAUGGCGGCCAACGACUUGUAUUCCCAUCUGGGUUUACUUCUAAUCUAUCUAAUAUUCCUCUUUCCAAUCCCCAAAUCUCUCUCUUCCCUUGAGCCUCAGCCUGCUCCGCCCACUGAAUGGGAUAUCCUUCCCCAAUACGGUCUCCCCAGUGGCCUUCUUCCCAGCACAGUCACCGACUACGUCCUUCACGACGACGGGAGGUUCGUCGUCAUGCUGGCGAACCCUUGUUACGUUCAAUUCGAGUACUUGGUCUACUACGAGAAAACCAUCACCGGAAAACUGGGUUAUGGCUCCAUUACUGAUUUGCAAGGCAUCCAGGUGAAACGAUUCUUCUUGUGGUUCGAUGUGAAUGAAAUCAGGGUCGAUUUGCCACCCACCAAUUCCAUCUAUUUCCAAGUUGGAUUCAUCAACAAGAAGCUCGACGUUGACCAGUUCAUGACCAUCCAUUCUUGCCGUGAUGAGGUUACCAGGUCUUGUCAAUAUUCUUGGAAAUCAGUUCUUCAGCUUCCGGUGCCCACAAACGAAUUUGAGAUGCUGAUUACCGAGUAGCUGCCACAGACUGUUGUUUCUGCGUUGUCAAGUGGAUAGGGAGUGAAGCAGUUGAUAGUA